UUGCACUAACGGGCCAAAGCAGCCGGCAGAUUAUGUGCAUGCUUUAUAUUUGAAAGCAUGGAGUUUCCGUCUACUGGAUUUUUUGCUGGAGUCGGCUGUGGCCUGGUUAUUGGGUGGCUGCUUCGCGGUAAAUUUUUCAGCCGGUCUGCAGUCACUGCCGCAGUCAACAGUGCGAAUGCAGACGUUAGUGUGAUGGGUGAUACAGGAGACUGCAAGUUGAUAAUAGUUGUAAGAAAUGAUCUAAAAAUGGGUAAAGGAAAAGUAGCAGCUCAGUGUAGUCAUGCAGCUGUAUCUGCGUACAAAAAAUUGGGUCGGACUAACCCUGAAAUGUUAAAGAAUUGGGAAUACAGCGGCCAACCUAAAGUGGUUGUCAAGGCACCAGAUGAAGAAACACUCUUCAUGGGUAUGUGCUCAUACCAUGCGUUGUAUUGGUGUGGAAACAGAGGCCAGGAACCCGUUGUUACCAUUAAUACCAAGAACCAUCGACGAUUAAUUGGAGUUGGUACAGGACAUCAUUCCAAAAUAUUUAGCAUCGUACUUCGUCGAUUUGGUACGGGUCACUUUAUUCAGUUAUUUCGAGCUGACUGCUCCGUAGAGGUCAAUGGUGUACCCUGGCUGGAGACGUCACAGACGUGGGCCAUUGGGUCUAUCGAAAGAAAAAAUCAUAUUAUUACCAUGCAAUCCAACAGCCAAUACGUUGCAAUCUAUGACUGUAAAGAACAUAGUCUGACUAUUCGAAUAAUAAAUACCAGUGCUAGAUUCUUGUGUGGAUUGUGUGGAAAUUACAAUGGUGACCCAACCGAUGAACUACAAGGAGAACAAUCCAUUGACGAUCUUGCUGAAAAAUUCAGAGCUGAAGAUCCAACUUGUGGACCGAUAACAUCUCGUCUGCCGCAAUAACAUCCAGUCUGCCGAAAUGGGCGUUUUUGAAGGGGAC